AUGUGUCUCCGGACAAUUUAUUCUUUUUAUUUAUUGAUGCCUUUCUUUCUUUCUUUCUUUCUUUCUUUCUUUCUUUCUUUCUUUCUUUCUUUCUUCGUUCGUUCGUUCGUUCAAUUUCGCCCUUCUUUUUUCACAUUAUCGGAGUCGUUCUUUCUUUCAUUUCUUUUCUUUCUUGUGCUUCUUCUUGUUUUUGUUUUUUUUCACUCUCUUGCCUUUAUUCUCCAAUACUAUUAUUAUUAUUAUUAUUUCCCUCGAUUCUUUUUCUUUCUCUCUGAUAUUUUUCUUCAGUUUUUUACGGUUACUUUCGUUCUUUCAUUUCCUUUUAAAAUUGCAGCGAUUGCUUUCUUUCUUUCUUUCUUUCUUUCUUUCUUUCUUUCUUAUAAACAAUCUUUUUCAAAUUAUCUAGUUCUUUCAUUUCCUUUUUUAAAAUUGCAUCGCUUUCUUUCUUUCUUUUUCUUUUUGCUUUCUUUUUUCCUUCUUUCAUUUUCCUUUUUCAAAUUGGUAUCGCUUCUUUCUUUCUUUCUUUCUUUCUUUCUUUCUUUCUUUCUUUCUUUCUUUCUUUCGUUCCGCUUAACGACCUUUUUCAAAUUACCCAUAAUUUCUUUCUUUCUUUUUAACGAUAUUUUUCAAAUUUCUUUCUUUCUUUCUUUCUUUCUUUCUUUCUUUCUUUCUUUCUUUGGCCCUAUUUCUACCGUUUUUAUUCGCCCUUCAUGUUUUCUCAUUUUUAUUUUUCUAUCUGUUCAUAUCUAUCUAUCUAUCUAUCUAUCUAUCUAUCUAUCUAUCUAUCUAUCUAUCUAUCUAUCACAGUCCGUUCAUAUCUAUCUAUCUAUCUAUCUAUCUAACUAUCUAUCUCAAUCAAUUUGUUCACAUCUAUCUAUCUAUCUAUCUAUCUAUCUAUCUAUCUAUCUAUCUAUCUCAAUCAAUUUGUUCACAUCUAUCUAUCUAUCUAUCUAUCUAUCUAUCUAUCUAUCUAUCUAUCUAUCUAUCUCAGUCCGUUCAUAUCUAUCUAUCUAUCUAUCUAUCUAUCGAUCUAUCUAUCUCAAUCAAUUUGUUCACAUCUAUCUAUCUAUCUAUCUCAAUCAAUUUGUUCACAUCUAUCUAUCUAUCUAUCUAGCUAUCUAUCUAUCUAUCUAUCUAUCUCAGUCCGUUCAUAUCUAUCUAUCUAUCUAUCUAUCUAUCUAUCUAUCUAUCUAUCUAUCUAUCUAUCUCAUUCAAUUUGUUUACAUCUAUCUAUCUAUCUAUCUAUCUAUCUAUCUAUCUAUCUUGUUAUAUGCAAUAUUUCUAUCUAUCUAUCUAUCUAUCUAUCUAUCUAUCUAUCUAUCUAUCUAUCUAUCCCGAUGCAUGGGAGAAGAUGAUAUAUAA